AUGCUAGGAGUUAAAUGUUCAAGGAAGCAAAACACCCAGGUUCGUGUUUCAAUAUAUCCACACAUUUUGGUGAAGGUGAACUGUUACGCACUAUGUCACUCUCCAUACAGGCCAGUGACACAACUCUACCAGCAUAUCCUGGCUUUGACAUUUGCUGUAAAAGAGAUAAAUGAAGACCCCCAAAUCUUGCCCAAUAUCUCUCUGGGUUUCCACAUCUAUAACAGCCAUUUCAGUCCAAGCUGGACCUACCAAGCUUCCAUGGAACUUCUCUCUAGCCAAGAAAGACUCCUCCCCAACUACAAGUGUGAUGUUCAGGAGACUCCAAAGGCGGUCAUUGGGGGGCCAAACUCUGAUUUAUGUCUCCACAUGUCAACCAUCCUGUCUAUGUACAAGAUGCCAAGACUCAUCUAUGGCUCUUCUCCUGUGAUGACUAAUGACAUUCAAGCCCUUUUCACCCACUGGAUAUUCCCAGAUGGGACUCAGCAAUAUGAGGGGAUCCUCCAGUUACUGCUGCAUUUUCGUUGGGUGUGGAUUGGUGUGCUUUUUCAACUCCAUGAUGACACUGGAGAGAGAGUUGUACAAAAUGUUCUCCCCAUGUUUGCCCAGAAGGGUAUCUGCGUUGAUUUUAUAGAAAGUUUCCCUAAGGUUACCUCUUCUGGUGAGUUUGAUGAAAUGGUGGAAGAAGGUUCAAAAACAUUGAACAUUAUUGUGGGAAGCACUGCUAAUGCUGUGGUUGUACAUGGUGAAAUUCAUACAAUUAUGGGAAUGAGAACACUACCCAGGCUUGCAGAAAUGAAUGAUGUGCCAAUACAAGGAAAUACAAAAGUCUGGAUUAUGACUGCCCAGAUGGACUUCACUUCAUUUCCCUUUCAAAGAGGUUGGGACAUCACAUUCCUCCAUGGGGCUCUAUCCUUUGCAGUUCACUCUAAGGAUCUUCCAGGAUUCCAGAAAUUUAUUCAGAUGAGAAAGCCUACCUUGGAAAAAGAAGAUGGCUUUCUCAGGGUUUUCUGGGAAGAGGCAUUUAAUUGUGGUUUUCCCGACCCUUCUUCAGAGAAGAAAGAUGGCAAAUUCUGCACUGGGGAGGAGAAUAUUAAGAGCCUUCCUGGGUCUGUUUUUGAAAUGAGCAUGACAGCCCACAGCUACAGCAUUUACAAUGCAAUCUAUAUUUUGGCACAUGCUUUGCACAUCAUGCAAUCCACCAAAUUAAAUUGCAGAGCAAUGGCAGGUGGAACAAGUUGGAAACUUACAGAUCAACAGCCCUGGCAGGCACAACCCACUUCUCUGUGUAAUGAGAAUUGUCAUGUAGGUUAUAGAAAGAACAAGAAGGAAGGAAAGCCAUUCUGCUGCUAUGAUUGCCUUCCGUGUCCAGAAGGGAAGAUCUCAAGCAAGGAGGACAUGGACGACUGUUUAGAAUGCCCUGGAGAUCAAUAUGCAAACAAUGAACAGGAUGGCUGCCUCCCCAAAGUCAAAACAUUCUUGUCUUAUGGAGAACCGUUGGGGAUCAGUUUGGCCACGUUUGCCCUCUGCUUUUCCUUUAUCACAGCUUUGGUGCUUCAAAUAUUCACAAAGCACAGAGAUACUCCCAUAGUUAAAGCCAACAACCGCAACCUUACUUAUAUUCUCCUCCUUUUCCUCCUGCUCUCCUUCCUUUGUGCUCUGCUCUUCAUUGGCCAGCCUGAGGAAGUGACCUGCCUCCUUCGACAAACUGCUUUUGGCAUGAUCUUCUCAGUGGCAAUUUCUUGCAUAUUGGCCAAAACUGCCAUUGUGGUUCUAGCUUUCAUGGCCACCAAGCCAGGGUCCCGAAUGAGGAAGUGGGUAGGGAAGCCACUGGGCACCCCAAUUGUUCUUUCCUGCUCCCUUAUGCAAGUGACAAUUUGUACAGUGUGGCUGGCAACCUCUCCCCCAUUCCCAGAUGUUGACAUGCACUCAAUGACUGAAGAAAUAAUACUAGAAUGUAAUGAAGGUUCCACUAUCAUGUUUUAUUGUGUCCUGGGAUUCAUGGGUUUGCUGGCCAUAGUCAGCUUCACGGUGGCUUUCCUAGCUAGAAAGUUGCCUGACAGUUUCAAUGAAGCCAAAUUCAUCACCUUCAGCAUGUUGGUCUUUUGCAGUGUGUGGCUCUCCUUUGUUCCAACCUACUUGAGCACCAAGGGCAAAUACAUGGUGGCUGUGGAGAUCUUCUCCAUCUUGGCCUCCAGUUGUGGGUUACUGGGCUGCAUCUUUAUCCCCAAAUGCUAUAUUAUUUUACUGAGGCCUGAGCUGAACAGCAGGGAGCAGCUAAUAAGAAGACAGUUUUAA